UUAAAGAAUAUAAAUUAAUAGCAUAGAUAAAAAAUUAUUUAUUAUAGAAAUGAGGCUACAUAUAUCAUAUCGAAUUUUCAAUUAAAUAAAUUUGUCAAUGAAUAAACAAUGAAUUUUUAAUUAGACUUGCCACUGUUCCGAGAACAAUUUAAGUCAUCUUAAGUCGCACGUGCUAUAAAGACUAAAUUAUUUAUUGCGCGUGUGUCAUCGCGUAAAGCCAACUACAAUUGCAUCAUUUUGUCAAUGCAACUUCUGCAGAGAUGAUAUUAUUAUCGACUUAAAUACUAUUACUACGAGAAUUGUUUAUAUCAUCAUGAUAUCGAUCUUAUCAAAAUAUUGAUAAAAUAAUUGAAUUAGUAGUAAUCUGCUGCACAAUCUUAUAAAUACAGAUAUAUAAUAUACAUGCGAUUAAACGUCAGACUGAUUGUCAGAUUCAGUUAGGUUUCUCAAUGAAAAGAAGCGACAUCGUAUUCGACACUUCAUCGAUCAGCUGACAUUGACAGAUUAGGUUAAGUUGGCAAGUAUAGAAAAUAUGGCAUCGUACUAAUCGGUGAUGCAUAUGUAAUUCAUAUUUUCUUCCUCUUUGUUAUAAUAUUCGGAAUAUAGUCCUAAUAUACGUCUCGUUAUAAUGGAAAUGCAUAUGUAAUGAUUACAAUAAGAAAAUGAAAAUGCCAGACAAUUUACGGAUAGUGCAACUGGGAAAGAUGCCAGUGGAAAUGUAACAAGUAUCACGAAUAAACUUUUACGCUCCAUAAACGAUAUAAAAACAGUCAAAAUGUCGAUGCAAAAUCAGUGGAAGCUUUUGUCACAAUUAAAGGAUUAUCUGAAUAAGACCAACUGCGAUAAAAACCAAAUUAAUGUCUCCAAGGAUUGGUUGGAUAUCCUGCAAAAAUUAACUUAUUCACAGCUCGAAACAAUACGAAAAUUAUCAUCAGAUUCUAUUAAAAUUACUGAUACAAACAAGAACUCAAGUACAAAGCAUAAAGAGAGCAAUGAUUCAGAGAAUGUAAAACUAACAUUCAUGUCCAAUCAAACAGAAUCACUUAUAGAUAAUUCUACAUCUACGCAACAAAAAAUACAACAAAUUUGCGAACAAAAUAUGCAUGAUAAUAAAAUAGAAUCAAAAGAAAGUUUCACAAUGCCACAAAUUCUCUCUACAUUGUUUUUGAAGUUAUCUUCCAAAAAUACACAAACUACCAAAGUAAUUAUACCAAAGUGGAAAGUGAAUGUUCAUAGCAGUGUUUCAAAGCAUAGUAUUGUAUCUCGUACACGUCACGUCUUGAACAGUAUCGUAUCAGCCGAGUCGAAUGCUUCAAAGUGGCGGAGAAUCGAGGAUUUAUUAUUGCAUAUCGAUCAAUAUCCGGAGGCGAGACAUUACGCGAUCAAGGAGGGAGCGAUUAAGAUUUUACUGCGAAUUCGUCAGAAGACAAAGGAUGAACAAAUUAAUGCAUCUAUCAGAGAAGCGCUAGCUGUACUGGGUUAUAUCGAUCCUCUACCCGGUCGAGGCAUCAGAAUCUUAUCGAUUGACGGCGGUGGUAUUCGCGGGGUAUUGGUUGUAGAGAUGUUGAAGAAAUUGGAAGAACUUACAGGAAAAAAGACGCAUGAAAUGUUUGAUUACAUAUGUGGUGUCAGUACAGGCGCCAUUCUUGCUGCUGUAUUAGUAUUACCAAAGGAUGCUUUAGAAGGAGGACACAAGAGAAAAACAUUGGACGAAGUUUCGAUAUUAUAUAAAGAAUUGAGCACCAGAGUGUUUACACAGAGUGCCAUAAAAGGCACAAGCAGUCUAGUUUGGAGUCACGCCUAUUACGAUACUGCGCUAUGGGAACAAUUAUUGGAGGAGCAUUUAGGUGAUAAAGUUCUUAUCAAAACUACGCGUGAUCCAAAUGCACCAAAGUUUUCAGCAAUAUCUGCGGUAGUAAAUCACGGAAAUGUUAUGGCUUAUGUAUUUAGAAAUUAUACUUUACCGCAUGGAAUGGAAAGUCAGUACACGGGAUCUCAUAAAUAUAAAUUAUGGGAAGCCGUGAGAGCGUCAGCUGCUGCACCGAGUUAUUUUGAGGAAUUUAAAUACGGCGAAUAUCUUCAUCAGGAUGGCGGUAUUCUAGUAAAUAAUCCCUGCGCUGUAGCGAUUCACGAAGCCAAACAGCUGUGGCCAAAUAAUCCAAUUCAAUGCGUUGUAUCAUUUGGCACUGGUCGAAUCCCACAUCACGUCUAUGAAAACAAAUCUAUGGAAGUUGCGAUCUCAAGCUGGAAGGAAAAAUUUUAUAAAAUUUUGGAUAGCGCCACUGAUACAGAAGCUGUGCAUACAAUGCUGAAUGAUCUGCUACCUGAUCACAUUUACUUUAGAUUUAAUCCUUAUUUAACGGAAAUGUUAUCAAUGGUGGAAAUUCGACCUGAAAAGAUCAGUCUAAUGGAACAAGAUGCAAGAAUGUAUAUACGUCGAAAUGAAGAGAAAUUUCAAAAAGCUGCUACUGCUUUACUGGAAAAGCGGCGAAUCCAACAGAAAAUUGCUGAUUAUAUUACAUUGCAGAGACAAUUAUUGGAUCUAUGAAGAGAAAUUUAUUUCACAUAUUGAUGUGCAUUCAUUCCAUAAUGCAAUCUACAAAAAUCACAUGGAUAUUUAUAGUACAAAUUUUUUAUUUCUUGUAUACCAGUUUGACAUUUUUUAAAUAAUGCUUCUUACUUUGAAUGGUAUAAUAGCAUAAUAAGCAUGUAUUUCAAAAGUAUUUGGCAGAACAUUUUUUGCUUAAUAGAAUCUUUUUUGUAACUUCUGUUAUAAGAUUUUUGUGUUACAAGAUUUUAAAAUAAUUAGUAGUAAGAAACUAUUCUAUAAAUGAAAUAUUUAUCUUGAAUCUUUAUAUAAAAUCAUUAUAUAGUAUAGAUAUUUGACUGUGAUAUCACUUUGUGAUGCUUGAAUACAAUUAAGAUCAAUCAGUAUAAUUUUACAUUUUGGAGUUAUUAUAUGUUUUGUAGUAAAAGUUCUUAACAUUAUUAAACCCAAAUAAUUGUAUUUUCAUUGAAAAUAUCAAUUAAUGUACUAAAAGGCAGUACAGCUAAUAUUGAAUGUUUCAUAUGCAUUCUUCUUCAUUGUAAAUAUUGUAAAUGUGUAUUAGCAAAAAAUCUAUAAUAAAAAUAACAUGAAAUGUGUGUAGAAAAUGUGUGUAUAAAAAAAUAAAAAAAACUUGGAUUGCUUAUUUUA